AUGGCAAAAGAACAAACCAUCUCAAAGAAAGCCACUAAGCCCGUCAAGGCGGGGAUCGUAAAGCGCACCCCGGCCAAGGCCAAAGUUUCCCUCGCCAAAGUCCCACACUCUACCAUCCACCGGGACCUGGUGUUCCUGUGGAAAUGCGUCAAGAUGUCCACUGGGAUGAAGAUCGACUGGCCUGCGGUCGCUAAGGAUGCUGGAAAGCCCGUGGGCACUGUCAAGAAACAGUGGUCACGUCUGAACAUCAAAAUGGGGAAGAGCGUCCCUUUCGAUACCAGCGACUCCGACAAGGACGCAGACAAGGGCGCCAACAAGGAUGCCAACAAGAAAGCCGACAAAGACGCAGACGAGGACGCCAACCUCGACGACAACAUUGAUGAGGAGUAG